GAUGAUCUCUGUCGUGUACGUUAUUCGUUUACUUUGUUAAUCAUUCGUUCAGUCGUGUGUUUUUGUGCAUUCCACUUCACUUCGAAAUGGCUCGUACCAAGCAAACCGCUCGUAAAUCCACCGGAGGAAAAGCCCCGAGAAAACAAUUGGCUACCAAAGCUGCCCGUAAAAGCGCACCAGCCACCGGAGGAGUCAAGAAACCUCAUCGUUAUCGUCCCGGUACGGUCGCUCUUCGUGAAAUUCGUCGUUACCAGAAAUCGACCGAACUUUUGAUCCGUAAAUUGCCCUUCCAACGGUUGGUUCGUGAAAUCGCCCAAGAUUUCAAAACUGAUUUACGUUUCCAAAGCUCUGCUGUUAUGGCCUUACAAGAAGCCAGCGAAGCUUACUUGGUCGGUCUUUUUGAAGAUACCAACUUGUGCGCUAUUCACGCUAAGCGUGUGACGAUUAUGCCGAAAGAUAUCCAAUUGGCAAGAAGAAUCCGUGGUGAACGAGCUUAAUUCAGUUGAAAAUAUACUGUUUGUAUUAAAACGGCCCUUUUCAGG